AUGAACAGUUUCGAGCCACAAAGCCAAGACUCUUUGCAGAGAAGGUUUCAUCAAGGUAACACCAACACACAACAACCUCGUGACACGACGACACCUUUCAUGCCCAAAUCUAUUUCGAAAAACCAUAAUAAUAGCAAAUCCACCACCGGAGCGGCCGUGAGAUCAUUCCAAGGAUUUGGUCUUAACGUCGAGGACGAUCUAGUUUCAUCCGUGGUUCCUCCGGUUACGGUUGUGCUAGAGGGACGUUCGAUUUGCCAACGCGUAAGCCUAGACAAGCAUGGGAGUUAUCAGAGCUUAGCUUUGGCUCUGAGGCAAAUGUUUGUCGAUGNACAGCUCUUGCUCCCACAGUGA